AUGCAGCUCUUAUCAACUCUCAUCCUAAGCAGCCUCGCUGCUGCCUCGCCCUCACAGAGUCAAAAGCCCUCCCCGCCCUCCAAACCCUCUACUCUCUGGGCAACGCAUUACAAUGGCAAUGUUUACACGCUCUCCCUAAGCGGCGACUCGCUCUCCCUCGCCUCGGCGCAAAAGACGUGCGGCGAUAUGCCGAGCUGGCUGACCUUCGAUGCGGCCUCACGCACCGUGUAUUGUUCGGAUGAGAGUGGGACAGCCGCGGGCGGGGGAUCGCUGACGGCCUACCGAGCAUCGCGAAAUGGGACAUUGCACCAGUUCGCGAAGACAGAGACAGUCGGCGGCGGAGUCAAUAGUGUGUUGUAUGAGGCAGAGAAGGGCAAGUUUCUUGGGAUUGCGCAUUACGAGGGGUCGGCGGUGUCAACCUUCUCCCUCCCUCUGAGCGACAACCAGGAGGCCCUGCAAGAAUUCCACUUUAAUAUGACACACCAGGGCACCACGGCGCAGCAGGACUCUCCGCACCCGCACGGGGUCUUCAUCGACCCCACAGGCUCGUUUCUCGUCAGCCCCGACCUUGGCGCUGAUCUGGUGCGCGUGUACUCAAUCGACGAGGUCUCAGGAAAGCUACGCGAGUGUCCCAGUUUGGAGGUGCCCCUGGGAACUGGCCCACGGCAUAGCGUGUUUUGGACCGACGGGUCGGACCAUGACGCCCGCAUGGGCGGAAGUCAGAGCAGCCUCGGGACCGCGGGCGAUAAGACGAUGAUGUACCUCGCGAACGAGAUUGGCGGCUCGGUCAUGGUGUUUGAUGUGGCAUAUUCACAGGAUGGGUGUCUGUCCUUCAACAAGAAACAGACACUGGUGCCAUAUACGAACGGUACAAUGCCGGAGGGAGCCACGCCCGCUGAAAUCCGGAUGGUCAACAACGCGAUCUAUGUCUCAAUCCGCACCGACCAGGGCUUUGCACCAAGUGACUCCAUGGUCACCCUGAGCCGCGCACCAAGCAACGGGGCCAUCAAGCUGCGAGAUCGUACCUCGGCGUAUGGAAAGGUGCCUCGGACGUUUGUGAUCAACCAGGCGGGUGAUCUAGUGGCCAUUGGGAACCAGGCGUCGGCCAUGGUGGUCAUUGUGCGACGGGAUCCCGCAACGGGAAAACUGAUCGAAAAGGUUGCUGAGCUACAGGUCGGAGAGCCGGGGAAGGUAGGCUCCGCAGAGGGACUGAGCAGUGUCAUCUGGGCUGAGUAA